AAUUAGGUACUCAGUCGGUUUCGGACAUCGAGACGUUUCUAAUUAUUUCUACUUGAGAGUAACAGGAAGAACAUGAGCAGUGAAAUUCCAAAAAUUGCCGCAGCAAUCGUUCUCCCACAAAUUGGAGGAUGGAUAAAUGGAUAUCUAACACGACAGGAGACAAAAACCUGGUACACCACGCUUAAUUUCCCUUCCUUCAAACCUCCAAGCUGGAUCUUUGGUCCGGUAUGGACUUCACUAUACGCCGGAAUGGGUUAUGCCUCAUAUCUGGUAUGGAGAGAUGGUGGAGGUUUUAGAGGAAUUGCACAAGGACCACUCAUUCUAUACGGAGCACAACUAGCAUUGAAUUGGGCUUGGACACCGAUAUUCUUCAAGAAACAUGAGCUGAAAUGGAGCUUCGUAGAGUGUGCGACCUUGACCGCUGCAGUUGCUGCUACAGGAUUUGCCUUCUUCAAUGUGAAUAAGAUAGCCGGUUAUCUUUUCGUUCCAUAUCUGGCAUGGUGCUCGUUUGCAACGUUGCUCAAUUAUAAAAUAUAUGAAUUGAACCCAGACAAGCCAACAGCGACCAUCGAAGAAAUUAAAAUGGAAAAGGACAAAUAA